AUGGUAAAUGGUGGACAAAGAUCUCGGGCAGAUACUAAAACAGCCAUGCCCAGAACUCCAACUCUUCUUGGAAUAAAGUCAUCAAUUCAAGACCAAAUGGCGGCAUUACAGCAAAAGAUACAGUUGCUAGAAUAUGAUCACAUAGCAGACCAGGAGAGUGCUAGCCACACCAUCAAGGUAAAUCAGGAGACUAUAAAAUUGCUUCAGCAGGAGAACAAGAAAUUAAACCAGGAAUUAGCUGAGGAAAAACAGAGACAAGUUGACAGGGAGACUAAGAGUGGACAUGUGAUUGUCCAGCUCAAGGAGGGCAAGCUCCAUGAUAGCAUCAAACGGUUUAAUGCCCUAUGUCACCAGGCCCAAGUCCGCAUAAAACGCCUAGAGGAGUUAGAAUCAAUGAUUAAGCAGAAUGCUGCAGUUCAGAACAAUAAUGAAGCCACCCAAGAAGAACAGAUUCAGCAUCAUCUAGAAAAUAAACUGGAGGAAGCACGACUAAAACUACAGGAUAUUGAACACAUCAACAGCAUUUAUAAUAAAAUUACUACCCAUUUGCAGGAAGAAAUGGCAACUUACCAACCACAGAUACAACAACUAGAGACUGAAAUCUUGGUGUUCGGAAAUGAGCUAAAAGAUGUAAAAACCAUGAAAAAGAAUGCAGUAGUGUCACGAGAUAAAGCCUGGGCAGAAUAUAGGCACCAGAAGAAGGAAUAUCGCUGUAAACACAGUAGCAGAGAACAGAUCUUGCGCAAUUUGACUCAUCAGGCCAAAGAGAGGCGUCAUUAUAAAAAGGAACAAGCUAAAUCUGUGGUUUUCAUUGAAGUCCAAGCUCCUACUGAUGCCUAUGAGGUCCCUCCUGCACAAGAGGAGGAAGAAAGGAUCUGCACCUAUGAACAAGCUCUAGAGAACAUCAAGGAGGCGAUAGGUGUAACUAGUAAAAGUGAAGUUAUACAGCGCUUCAUAAACCAAGGGGAGAAACGCAAAUACCUGGAGAAAGAGAAGUUAAAGGCUGAAACAACUCUGAGUGAAUUAAAAGACAAACAGAAAAACACAGAUAAUGCUCUUCAGGAACUAAAGUACUCAGCUCAGGCUAAGCUGCAAGCCAAGCUAUCCAACAAUUUAAAGACUUUAGAAGAGCUCCGAACUCGACUACAUCUAGAAACAAAAAAACAAGACAAGUUUAAGAUGAAUGCUGAGGAAAUUGCUGAAGUCCUAAAUAAAGCAAAAUCUGAAGUAAAGCGCCUAGCAAUAAGACUCCGGCAUCUUAAGUUGCCUGGGACCAGUUUUCCAGUAAAAGAUCUCUCCCUAGAUCUUCAUGCCCUGGAUCUCUUAGCUGUCAUUGGUCAGAAAUUGCAGAACCUCCAGAAACAGUUAGAAGGUGAAGACAUUGAUGAAAUCUUCAGGGAGAUGAAAAGUAAAGAGUAUCUAGAAACCAUCGAGCGCAAUCUCCCAGUAAGUAACCUACGGAUUUCGCUGCUGUCACCAACUAAAGAGGAAACAUCUGAUGACGAAGACAGUGGAGAGGACGAUGAAGUGAUGACUAGAGAAAGCAUAAAGAAGCUUUCCCAGCAAAUCAGUUUAUUCAAAAGAAAGGCCAAUAUCUGGUGUGAGAAGUGGGUAAAGUAA